GCGCAGCCGCAGAGCACCGCAGCCUUGCCCGCUAGCCCAGGUGCUGCGCAUUUGCCAGCCAGUCCGCCCGUCCGGAGCCCGGCUCGCUGGGGCAGCAUGGCGUGGUCGCCACUGCUCGGCGGGCCGCGGGCCGGGGGCGUCGGCCUUUUGGUGCUGCUGCUGUUGGGCUUACUUCGGCCUCCCCCUGCGUUCUGCGCACGGCCGGGAAAGGAACUCCGCGGCCUGGGCGCAGCCUCGUCGCCCAUGGCGGAGGCUGGAGCUCCCCGCCGCUUCCGGCGAGCAGUGCCCCGCGGCGAAGGGGCGGGGGCUAUGCAGGAGCUGGCGCGGGCGCUGGCGCACCUGCUAGAGGCCGAAAGGCAGGAGCGAGCGCGGGCAGAGGCGCAGGAGGCCGAGGAUCAGCAGGCGCGCGUCCUGGCACAGCUGCUGCGCGCCUGGAGCGCACCCCGCACUAACGACCCCGCGCUGGGCCUGGAGGACGACCCCGACGCGCCCGCCGCGCAGCUAGCCCGCGCCCUGCUCCGCGCCCGUCUGGACCCUGCAGCCCUCGCGGCCCAGCUUGUCCCUGCCCCUGCCGCUGCUCUCAGACCCCGGCCCCCAGUCUACGACGACGGCCCCACGGGCCCGGAUGCAGAGGACGCCGGCGAGGAGACGCCAGAUGUGGACCCGGAGCUGCUGAGGUACUUGCUGGGGCGGAUCCUGGCGGGGAGCGCGGACCCCGAGGCUGUGGCUGCCCCGCGCCGCCUCCGCCGCGCCGCGGACCAGGAUCUGAGCCCGGAGGUGCCCCCUGAGGGUGUGCUGGGGGCCCUGCUGCGGGUGAAGCGCCUGGAGAACCCUUCGCCCCAGGCGCCGGUGCGCCGCCUCCUGCCCCCCUGAGCACCGCCUGAAUCCUGCGCGCCCUCCGGCCCAGGACCACCCACCCCAACACCCCACCUGCUCCCCGUCGGCACACUGAGAGCGGCUUACCCCGUCAGCUGCAGUUGCUGCCCUUGGACUCCCAAGAUCGCCGCCCUUGCCCCCACAAUAAAUGCGAUCUAAAGCAGCUA